AAGAAAAAAACCGAACCACCUCCCCUCUCAACGAAGGCGAGAAACCAGCGAGGCACCACCCUCCUCUUUAAGAUCCGAUCUCCUCCCCUCCUACUCCUCCUCCUCCUCACGUUCCCCCAUCUCCGAAUCCCGCCGCCGCCGCCGCCGCCGCCGACCAUGCCUCCGGCGAUCCCGACGGCCACAAUGCCGGCCUCCCCCAAGGAGGCGCAGAGCCGCGCCGGCGCCGGCGUCCGCAUGAUCUCCUCGGAGGAGCUCCGCGCGCACGCGUCGAGGGACGACCUGUGGAUCUCCAUCUCCGGGGACGUGUACGACGUCACGGCGUGGGUGCCCCACCACCCGGGCGGCGACAUCCCGCUCCUGACGCUGGCGGGGCAGGACGCCACCGACGCGUUCGCCGCCUACCACCCGCCGUCGGCGCGCCCGCUCCUGGGGAGGUUCCUCGUGGGCCGGCUCGAGGACUACACGGUCUCGCCGGCGUCCGCCGACUUCCGCCGCCUCCUCGCGCAGCUCUCCUCCGCGGGGCUGUUCGAGCGGGUGGGGCCCACCCCGAAGGUGCAGGUCGCCGGGAUGCUGCUCCUCCUCUGCGCCGCGCUCUACUGCGUCCUCGCCUGCGCGAGCGCGUGGGCGCACCUCCUCGCCGGCGGGCUCAUCGGGUUCAUCUGGAUCCAGUCCGGGUGGAUGGGGCACGACUCGGGGCACCACCGGAUCACGGGGCACGCCGCGCUCGACCGCCUCCUCCAGGUGCUCUCCGGCAACUGCCUCACCGGCCUCAGCAUCGCGUGGUGGAAGUGCAACCACAACACCCACCACAUUGCCUGCAACAGCCUCGACCACGACCCGGACCUCCAGCACAUGCCGCUCUUCGCCGUCUCCUCCAAGCUGUUCGGCCUCUGGUCCUACUUCUACCAGCGCACCCUGGUGUUCGACGCCGCGUCCAAGUUCUUGAUCAGCUACCAGCACUGGACAUUCUACCCGGUCAUGUGCUUCGCCAGGAUAAACCUCCUUAUUCAGUCGGCCGUCUUCUUGCUGUCGAGCAGGAAGGUGCCACAGAGGGGGCUGGAGAUCGCGGGCGUCGCCGCGUUCUGGGUUUGGUACCCAAUGGUGGUGUCCUGCUUGCCCAAUUGGUGGGAGAGGGUGGCGUUCGUGGUCGCGAGCUUCGUGAUUACCGGGAUUCAGCAUGUUCAGUUCUGCCUGAACCACUUCUCCUCGGAGGUGUAUGUCGGGCCGCCAAAGGGGAAUGACUGGUUCGAGAAGCAGACGGCGGGCACGCUCGACAUUCAGUGCUCGCCAUGGAUGGAUUGGUUCCACGGUGGCCUGCAGUUCCAAAUCGAGCACCAUCUGUUUCCUCGCCUCCCGCGGUGCCACCUUAGGAAGGUUUCGCCAUUUGUUCGUGACCUUUGCAAGAAGCAUGGGCUGCCUUAUGCCGCCGCCUCGUUCUGGCAGGCUAAUGUGUUGACAUGGAAGACAUUGAGGGCUGCUGCAUUGCAGGCCAGGAAAGCCACUAGUGGUGCUGCGCCAAAGAAUUUGGUUUGGGAAGCUGUGAACACUCAUGGAUGAAUUGGAGCCUGAGGCAACUGCUUGUGUGCAUGCAAUCACCUCAAUGCUUCUUAAUUGUGUAGGGAGAUUGAUCUUUUUACCUUUACCCGUUGGAGUUGGAUCGGAUUUUUCGUGUUGGCAAGUGUCUUGUCUUUGCAGCUGAAGAGUGGGUUUAUGCUUCAAUUGUCUACCUGUUCUUCAUGUAUUAGAUUGUCCGAUUCUUCGCAUUAUCACGAUUGUGGAUGGUUGAAGUUGAUGAAAUUGUAAGCUUAAUAAAUGGUUGGUAAUGUUUUCUGGUACUCCUGUAUUUUUUUUUCUAUUGCUAGAGCUGAUUGGAUUUGCUAAUCGGGAACCUCCUAUCUAUUGGAAUGAUUAUUAAUAUUAAAUCAUUCUAGUGCAUAUUUAUGCACUACAUGCUCCAA